AUGACCCUGCAGGCUGACUUUGAUGGUGCUGCAGAAGAUGUAAAAAAAUUAAAAACAAGACCAACUGAUGAAGAACUGAAGGAACUAUAUGGAUUCUACAAACAGGCUACUGUUGGAGAUAUUAAUAUUGAAUGUCCAGGAAUGCUAGAUUUGAAAGGCAAAGCCAAGUGGGAGGCAUGGAACCUGAAAAAAGGUUUAUCAAAGGAGGAUGCCAUGAAUGCCUAUAUCUCUAAAGCAAAAGAAAUGAUAGAAAAAUAUGGAAUCUAGAAUGCUCAAAAUUAUUCCCACUCAACUAAGUCUUCAGUAGUUGAUGAACUAACUCUGUUGAGAAAAAUGUUAUACUAACUCCUGAUUGUGUAAUCGGACAGUAAAAUCUAAGCAGAAGCUGUUUUCAUGUAAAGGGUGUUUACACACAUACUUUGUUUUUAGAUUGUAUCUUAUUCUAAAUAAAUUUCAACCUCAGAAAUUAA